AUGGCCAUGAAGCGAAUCAUACUUUACUUUUCUCCACCUGACUCAAAGGCGCAACGAAUCUACAAACUCAACGUCUCCUUUAGUAUUCUGAGUCAGAUUCUGGUGGAGAAGGCUGCGCUGCGCGAAGGCCACGUCAAGAUAUACUUUAUCUUAAACUCCGCUCCGUUGAUGCACCACUCUGAGCUAGACAAGGCUGCAGAGCUGAAGCUGAAGCAUUCCCCUAACAUUGCUUUGGAUAUUUCGCGUUUGCCCUGGUUCCGAACCACUACCAUCUUCUGUAGCAGCGGCAGCGGCCGACCGUCGCUGGAUGAGCACCUGCUCGGCAUGGCCCGUUCGCUGUGCGUCGAAAUGGAGAACACCCCGAUUGCUCUGCUCAACAAUCUCCAAAGCAUUUCCAACAACUUUCAAGAAGUCAAGUACUUUCCCAUCAGCGGCAGUGUUCAGCAUCAGCCGGCGAGCCUUGACUUUCGCGCCUUGUGUGGCCUUCUUGAUAGCCUCGGCCUCCCCUUCUCCAUCUACUACGCCUGUCGAGUGCUCUUUGGCGACUCCUAUUCGCUGCUCGAUGCUCUGAACAGCAGCAGUGAACAGCUGGAUAACUUUCUCGAUACGGUUCAAGAGGAGGCGAGAGAAGAUUGCGGCCAGAAUCUGGAAUCUCUCGAGAAGUGCCUGUACCACCUGAAGACUCUGUGCAAAGACAUGGCCAUCGCCGCUGUGAACGUGUACGAUGAGUUCACAAAACUUCUCGGAAAUCGAAAUCUGCUGGAGGACAGCGGCAACUGCUUCUCAAAGAGCUCCACCGAUUACGUGCUCAUUCGCCGGGCGGUUCUCACUCCGGCCACACUGGUUCUGCAGCCGCCCAUUCCGCUGCUCAAGUCGCGCUUCAGCACAAUGGCCAACACUGACUACGCCAUCCGUCUGACCAUUCUCGAGGACAAUAAUCGCAAGCUGAAUAACGGCGGUGCAGGAAAGCACAAGAUGGAAACGGACUUUGUGCAGGGCGUCAUCAGAUCGCACCUGCUGGAGGGCGUCAAGGUGGGCGACCGACUCUAUGAGUUUCUUGGCUCCUCGUCCAGUCAGAUGCGAGAGCACGGCGUCAUACUCUACGCCAAGGACGGACAAGGCCGCAUGGCGCAGCAGAUUCGCGACCUCGCCGGUGACCUCAGUGCGUUCAAGCGCAACGUGGCCAAGUACGUGGCACGCUUCGGCCUAAUGUUUUCACAGGCAAUGGCCAUCAUUCCCGAGCUGCCCGAGACGCAGGUGAAGGUGUGCAUAAUGGACGACAUUCUGGGCGCUGUGAAGCCUGAUUUUGAGAACGUGGUCAACCGCAAGAGGGAGCAGCACAUUCUCUCCGACGGCGUGGGCGUCAUUGACCGCCGAGUGGUGGAGCAGUCUGUCCUGCCUUACCUGCGACUGGCCGGCGGCAGCUGCAGCGACUACUUUCCGUCGGCCUUUCAGAUUCGCUACGGCGGCUGCAAGGGCAUGCUGGUCGCCUACCAGGCCUCAGUGCCGGCCAUUGUCUUUCGCAACUCGAUGAAGAAGUACGACUCGGCGGACAGCUCGCUGGGCAUACUGAAGCACUCCCUGCCCCGACCGGUCACCCUCAACCGUCCGCUGGUGAACAUCCUCGACCAGAUGGGCGUCCAGCGACCGGUGCUCUACCGUCUGCUGGAGGAGGCCACUGCCUCGGUGGCGAAGGCCGCCCUCUACGACCAGGCCGCACUGGAGCUGGUGCGCAUCUACUCCACCGCCUACCUGCCCUAUGACCGCCUUCUCACCGCGGGCAUUUCCCUUCUGGCGGAGCCCUUUCUCCGCUCCAUCGUCGACUACCUCAUCAGCUACCGCCUGAAUGAGCUGAAGAGCAAGGCUCGAAUUCGCAUUCCACUCUCCUGCGGUCGAACCGCCUUUGGCGUCGUCGACGAGACGCGCACCCUCGAGUACGGCCAGGUCUUCUUUCAGUACACGAAGAUGGAGGCGGACGGCAGCUCCGGACAGCUGUCCAACGAGACGGUCAUUCUCGAGGGCGAGGUCAUGGUGACCAAGUUUCCCUGUCUGCAGCCGGGAGACGUUCGCAAGUUGCGUGCCGUCAAUGUGAAAGCCCUUCGCGGCAUUAAGGACUGCAUCGUCUUUCCCUCAAAGGGCGCCCGACCGCACCCUGACGAGAUGGGCGGCAGUGACCUGGACGGCGAUGAGUUUGCCAUCUUCACCACAUCUUCGGAGCUGCUCUUUGUCGGACCGAACGCCGAGCCCAUGGACUUUCCCUACGGACUGGCGAAGGAACACCAAACGGACAUUAGCAUGACCGAUAUUGUGGAGUUCUACACCAACUUCCUCCUUCUCAACAACAUCGGCCAGGUGGCCUGCACUCAUCUGGCCAUCUCCGAUGCUCAUCCCAAGGGCCUGCAGUCAAAGGAUUGCCACGAACUCGCCCUGCUCUACUCUAUCUCUCUAGACUUCCAAAAGACCGGCGUCAUUCGUGAGUUUCCGCAAAAGUUCUUCCGCUUCAACCUUCGCCCUGACUUUAUGGAGCGUGCUGGUAGUGGUGGCCAUGACAAAGUGUACCUGUCAAAGCGAAUUCUCGGCCAGUUUUAUCGCCACUGCUCGUUGAUUGAGCGAGUCGUCAGCCUGGGCAAGUUUGAGUCGGUUGCUCUGUCGCCUUCCUACGGCAAGAAUGUGCAACUAGUUCUGCCUGGCUGGGAGAAGUACGUCGUCCAGGCUGAGCAGGCCUUGCUCAAGUACCAGCUGAAAGCGGUGGAGGUGAUGGAGCAGCUGAACAUUGCCGGAGAGGCCGUUCUCUUUAGCGACGUCUACGAGGACAAGUCUGACGCCUCGAGGGUGCUCGUUCGUGGCAUGUUUGAGCACUUUCAGGCGCUCUUCAAUGAGCAGGCGGAGAAGCUGAAGCUUUCAGAGCCGAAGGAGCGAUUUCUUCUCGCCAGUGCCUGGUACACCAUUGGCUAUGAACAGCAGAAAAGCUCCAGUAAGCAGCUGUACAAUGGACAACCGCUGCUGGGACUGCCCUGGCUGGUGCCGGAGGAAAUCUGCAACUUGGCACAGUACAGCAAAGAGAACAAGGACUACUGCAGAGGUUUAACCGAAGCCAUCGACCGACUGUCAUUUACCGACUCGCAAGAAGUUCGCUUUGGAUUUCAGAAGCUGAAGACCACUGAAGUGGACCACUACUACUGGUGCCCGGUGAAGGCGAUCACCGCCAUUCGUGAGCGUUACCCAGAACACCUUCCUCUGGCGUACACCUUUCUGGAGAGUCUUCAGCAGACAGUGGUGCAGCGCAUUCUAGACAAGUUCAUGCUGAUGCUUAAGCGAAGAGUGUACCAAGACAGCAAUCGUGCAGUGAUUACCAUUUACGGUAGUAAUGGGCGCCAAGAGCAGGAGGACAGUCAGCUACUGCGGCAGAUUGUUAAGAAAAAGGUGGAAGAAAUUGUGUCUGCUUGUGGUCGAAUGACUUCGCACGACGGCUUUGAGCUUCUGCCAACCAUCACCACCGUUUUGAACGGUUUCUGGAACUAUCUGUUUUCAAUUUGCAACGGGAUCAACACGACGAUCAACCUGCAGGAGCGCACCAAGCUGGAAGAGUUGUUUCUCCUCAAAUAUGCCGUUUACGGAAUGACGUUCUUCAACAAACUCAGCGUGAAAUUUGAUCGACAGUUUUAUGCAGAGUUUUCGGCCUCUUUUGAGAACUCCUGGGAAGUGGAUUUAUCGCUCUAUCUCAAGGGCAGCUCUCAAGGCGGAGGUGAGGACGGCUUCUGCAGUAACACAGAGUACGAGGAAGCUUUCAAUGAAGUUUUCAACACUCAUUUGAAUGAAAGCAUAAAAAACAACUUCCUCAAAAAUGAGAAUGUGUCCUACAUUUUGCCGCCCAUGGGGAUUGAUUUACUCGUAAGUUUGUUUUCCUGA